ACCCACGUAGCGCGUCAGUCCAGGAAGUGCAGUGUCCGGUAUGUUGACGGUGCAGCAGCCGCAGCAGUAAAUACGUGUCAGUCCCAACCUGCAGGAACCUGCUGAAGAUACUCCAUCACAUUCUGUCUCUUCAGAUCCACCUCGCACACACACACACACACACACACACACACACACACACACACACACACACACACACACACACACACACACACACACACACACACCUACCUUAGAUGAUGGUGGACUUCACACUGGCUCAAGUGGGCAAGAAUCUGAGUGAAGCCAUGAGGCUUCUGGGAGAUGGACAGAGAGAGUUGGAGACGGGAACAGAAAUCCGACGUUUCAGCAGAACCAGCAUCCCUGGACCCCUGCAGGGAGAUGGUCAGGAUGUUGCCACUAUACUGCACUUAGUUCACAACCUCCUUCACGAAGAGGAAGAGAAUGAGGACAAGCCCUGCCGACAUAGGAUGCAGAAUGUGGGUGAACAGGGUCACAUAGCGCUGCUGGGUCACAGCCUGGCAGCCUACAUCUCAGUGUUGGACAGAGAGCGACUGCGGAAGCUGACUACUCGGAUCCUGUCUGACACCACACUCUGGCUCUGCAGACUUUUCAGGUAUGAGAAUGGUUCAGCCUGCUUCCAUGAGGAUGACAGAGAUGGCCUAGUCAAAGUGUGUCGACUGGUCAUCAAUGACCGCUAUGAAGAAUAUGCCUCUGAAGGUUAUGCAGUUCUCAAUUCCAAACAGCCCGUCAUCUACCAGAGUGCUACCUGCAGGCCUGGUCUGGGACAGCACCUGUGCAGCCAGCUCGGCCUGCCUCUGUCCAGUUUGUGCACAGUCCCAUGCAACACCGUCUUUGGGUCCCAACACCAAAUGGAUGUUGCCCUGUUGGACAAACUCAUCAAAGAGGACAUAGACGCUGGAAAGCUUCCUUUGCUGUUGAUUGCCAAUGCAGGCACCCCUGGGGCCGGCCACACAGACAAGCUGGGCCGUCUGAAGGACUUGUGUGACCAGUACAACAUGUGGCUUCAUGUGGAGGGGGUCAACCUGGCAACCCUGGCACUGGGUCAGGUCACGUCUACUGUGAUGGCAGCUACCAGAAGUGACAGUAUGACACUGACACCAGGUCAGUGGCUGGGACUGCCUGCUAUAUCCGCUAUCACCCUCUACAGGCAUGAGGACCCAGCGCUGUCUUUGGCAGCAGGUUUGACCUCCAGCCAACCUGUGGAGAAGCUGCGAGCGCUGCCUCUCUGGCUCUCCCUGCAAUAUCUCGGUCACAAUGGAAUUGUCCAGAAGAUCAAGCACGCUACCACUCUGAGCCAGCAACUCCUGCAGAAACUUAAAUCUCUGGCUUCUAUCAAAACAUCGGUGGAGGAUGAAAACAACUCUCCUGUGGUGUUGUUCAAGUUUUCCCAGGAAAUGAGUGCUGCAUCUAGUGGAGGUUCAGUGGAGGGUUACUGUGUCGGGGAGAAAGAGGUCCUUGAUACGUUCAACAGAUGGCUGGGUGAACAGUUAGCACAGUUGGUUCCCACCAGUGGAGUAGAUGUGGUGGAGCUGGACGACGAGGGUUUCUGUAUCCGCUUCAGUCCCCUCCUGACGGCUGCAGUCCUGGGGACCCAGCAGGAGGAUGUUGAGGAGCUGGUGGAGAAGCUGACUGAGCUUGUGCCUGUGAUGAGCUCCACUAUGAGCCUCAGACAGGACUUCAGAGAGGAGAGCCACCGACACUCAGCCUCGCUCACAUACGUAGAGGAGAUCAGCUGGCCUGGCCUGGGAGCUGUGAGGUACGAACCACAGGCUGACAGAAUGGAUGAGAGCAGGAGGAAGCAGGAGCUGGAAAAGAUAAACUCUGAGCUGCUGAGGAAGCUACAAGACCUUGACACGGACAUCAUCUUCUCCACUGGUCCUGAGUUUGGGGUGGAAGAGGACUGUAUCUUUGUGGGCAUGGUGACUGAGGACGUCGAUGUUUCAGAGCUAGUGGAUACCAUAGCUGCCCUCGGGAGGGACAUAGAGGAGAGUGGAAGGCUGUUAGAGAACAUGACAGAGGUGGUGAGGAAAGGCAUCCUGGAGGCAGAGCUGCAGCUGCAAAAGGCCAACAAGGACAAACUCAUGGAAGAGGGGAUGCUGAGACAGCUUCCUCUGGUUGGCUCUGUUUUAAACUGGUUCUCUCCUGUUGGAAGCUCCAUACAGGGAAGGACCUUUAACCUGGCUGCAGGUUCCCUGGACUCCACAGAGAUGACUUACUCCACUAUGGCCCAGGGAGACAGGCCGUCCCAGCAGGACACUCCCACCUCCUCAUCAAAGAGAAUGCCAGGUCAGAGGUUAUUCCAGCGCUCAGGGGCGAGCUCCGACUCCUUAAGUGAGACCAGCUCCAUUGGACCAUCUGAUGAAAAGGCCCAGGAGGAGAGUACCACUGUGAGCAGUAGCAUCCACCCUACCUUCUCUGCACCUGAACCAGAGGAGGACUCACUGCACACUGCAAGUGAUGCAUCACCAGAGAAAGUCCAGGAGUCAUGUGAGCACAUGCACAACACACAUGUGGAGCCUGGGGAGGCCUCAGAGGAGAGGCAGCCCGACGGCCAAGAGGAGGAGCAGAGCAGCAGAUAGAACGACCCUCAAUGCAGGUGCUUUCCAGUCUUCCUCUAAAUGGUACCAGCCUAAGAGAUGUUUAAUACAAAAAGCUUUAUUACUUUGUGAAUCUAACUCUUCCUGUUUCGAAGAAAAAAAACUAGAUUGAGAUGAACUAGAUUGGGCUGCUUGUCUCAGUUGUAUGUUUCAGGUCCUAGAGGAUGUCAAAGUUAAUGGAUAAAUACCCCCUGGAUAUACUGACAUUGUAUCCAGUGCAUUCUACUUAUGUAGGGAUAGUGUUUUAAUAUGAUAUUCUUCUUCUGCCGGUGGCUUAGUGUGUUCUCCCACAUUUGAUCGAAUUCCUUUUAAUCACUCCUAAAAAGGGACAUGGCCGUGUGGUUUUGCUGUUUGCAGUUAUGGGUCCAUGGCGUAGUCUGUUGAGGUUUACUGCACCUGCCUCCUGGGUGGUCACUUUUCCCCAUGUGUUAUAGUUGCCUUUACAUUCAUGUUUCAGGUUGAUGGAAAAUGUUCUGUUGUCCUUUGUAGCUGCACUAAAAAUAUUUUCGAUGUGUCACGACACAUCUCGUGUCUUCUCUGAUUCCCUUUGUAUUCAGGAAUCCAUGUAAACAUAGGGAAGUGUACAUGUUUCAGGGUGGAUUUUUCCUUUGAACGUUGGAUGGAGUCGAGUUCAGAGGGACGUUCAGCUUGGUGUUGUGUUGCUCUUUACACUGAUCACUCUGUUACUUGAUGACUUUGGGUCCCGUUGGAUUGUCGAGCAGAGUAAUUAGUCAUAUUGCACACAGAUUUUAUUUAAAUUUUUGUUUAGAUUUUAAGAGAAAUAUGAAAACUUAAUAUUCAAUUCACUUGAGCACUAAUCUGGAAUUAAAGCAGCUCAAAAUUAAAGCUAUGAGUGUCACUGCAAUUACAAUUUUUAGAGUCCUAACUGUAAAUAAUAUACCUGCUAUAUAUAUAUAUAUCAUACAUAACUACUCUACUACAAUAAAAUAAGUUAUGAUCAAACCAAUCUGUAUAUGAGGAAGAAAACAUCAUCUAUUUAAUCUAAAUGACUACUAACAGCCGUCAGCUGCUUCCAAACUCUCCCCUCAUGUGUGCACUGCCCCACAACACGACGAUGGACUAUCAGAGGCACUGCUUGAGAGAGAAGAAAUGUCCAAAUUCAGUCCAAAUUCUGUGAGAAGUCAGAACAUCUUUGUAAAUCAGAAUCAGAUUACACACCCAGAUUUUCAUUUGGAUGUGAAUGUUUUGUUGUUUUUGCCAGUAAUGCUACCUGAGUAAAAUGUGGCCUUGUGCCACAGAGGAGCAUUGCUUGGCAUGUAUUUACUGUAUGUGGAAGUUUUUUUUUUGUGCCAAAAACAUCCUGACAGACAUGGGCCAAACCACUUCCUGUUGGGAUGUUUUUAAGUGCCACAUUAGAGGGCCAAACCAGUUUUCUCUUUUUCUCACAUCUUUGGAACAACUCAGUUGAUUAUGUUUGUCUUUGAAAUUCUCCCGUCCGACACUGAUGGCCCAUCUUUAGCUCUUGUUUGUAUGAUAUAAUAAAUCAUGGGCAGCACAGGCCGAUUGUGAGAAUGCUAUGUGCACUUUAUUAAUGUUAUUUAAAACCGAUUCUGUUCAACAUGACUGUUGAUAACCUUUUCAUGUGUCUAUCACACCAGGAUAAGAUCACAGACAUUUUUCAGGUGAGAUCCUGAAGCCUGCUGUACACUGUGUGGUUUUGGCCUGUCCCUAAUGAAAGUCAGUCAGUCAUAAGUGAAACAUGGUGGUUGUGAAUUCAAAUGGUCGUCCACUAAACCCUGAUUUGAGUUUGGAAACCAAAGACAAUGUAAUGAGUGCAUCUACAAAGCAGCCAUUCAGAAUAUAGUAUGAAGUCAUGCAAAACUGUAAUAAUUUAAACUUCCUGUAGACAUGCUCUCAAGACUGAUAUCAUACUGCACAGUCUGACAUGUCCAAGAUUGUAGUCGACCACCUCACACAGUGUAACAAAGUGUUAAGAUCACUCUUGUUGCUGAUUUUGUAGGAGCCUUAAUGUUUCACUGGCGGUGCUGAAAAUUCAUUUUGGCAAAGGAAACCCAUGAAGAAGUGUCAUGAAUACACACACACACACACACAUACACACACAUAUGUGAUAACAAAUAGAGCCCAAAUUAUAUGCAUUUUUGGCUGAUGCAAUACUCAUAUUAUGGAGUAAAAAUGUCCUAUACAGACAUAUUGGAAAAUAGUAUAUAUAAAUCCUAAGAUUAAAUACUUAAGAACUUUGUGAAGAAAUAUAAUUGUUAUUUUUACAGUUUACCCAUAAACCUUAUUAUAGAUAACUAUAAAUAAAAAUAAAUCACAAACACAAUCAAAUAUAUAAGGAAAAUAAACAUAUUUUAUAUGUAAAAAAAAAACCAACACAUUUUCUGCGUUGUUUAUUUUGUUAAAUAAGUUUUCAUAUUGGUGUGUAUCGGCAAACAUUAACGCUGAUACUUUUGUGUGUGACGGGCUCAUAUCUGCUGACUUUUAUUGGGCUGUAUAAUGAGAAACUGUGAUUGGAACUUGCAAAACAUGCAAACAGGAUCAAAGGGGGAUCAUUGUUGUUUUAUAUACCAUUUGUAAUUGAAUGGGGUCGAAUGAGCCUAAUUAGUUGAUGCCUGAAUGUAAAAUGUGCAAUGUUUAAGAAUGAAAGCUUCAAGACUUGUCUGUCAGGUCUAAGUGGAACAUUUACCGGGAGGAACACAGUGGCGAUGAAGAUUACAAAAGAUUUCAGCUUUAUUGCACUUGCCCUCUCAACUUUACUACUGUUCUUAUUUAAUUUCUUAUAUGGUGUAAAUGAAGCAAAGUCUCUUCUAUGAGGUUUUUUGUCAUUUGAUCAUAAUGCAAAUCUAUAUCAAUAAGUUCCAAACCUUUGAAGAUGUAGAUAUUGAUGAAGAACCUUUGAUUUGAUAUGAAAUGUCCUGGACCGUCCUGCUUCUGUCUGAAUGAUUUCAUUACAUCAGUGUAAAUUCUGUCUGUCAAAAGAUUAAAUUCUAAAUUUUCUAAUCUUA